CGACUAAUUUGUCCCUCCCUUCCCACCGUCCCUACGCUCAAGUAUGGCGGUGUGAGAGUUGUGACAAUGUUUUGAUGGCGUAAAGAAGAUACUGUUCUCAUUUCUACACCACACCAACCUCAGGAAUCCGAUUUAUCUGAACCAAGAACCACAUUACACCCGAGAGCAUCAUGCCGUCCACCUGUGACACUCUGAUUGAAGACAUUGAAGACAUGGUGUCUUCUAGUGACCCCACUCCUCAAGAGAGACUAACUGCAAGAAAGAGCAUUAUACCAAGGUCCAGGAAGAGAAAAGAGCUCCUGAACAAUGAGGAGCUCCAAGCUGACAGUUUAAUCCCUGGGACACAGAAGAUCUGGAUGAAAACAUGGGGCUGCAGUCACAACAGCUCAGAUGGAGAGUACAUGGCUGGACAGCUGGCUGCUAGUGGAUACAAGAUGACUGAUGACCCAACAGAAGCAGACCUGUGGUUGUUGAACAGCUGUACUGUGAAGAACCCGGCAGAGGACCACUUCAGAAACUCAAUCAAAAAAGCUCAAGAACAAGAGAAAAAGGUGGUGUUAGCAGGAUGCGUUCCCCAGGCCCAGCCACGGAUGGACUACCUCAAAGGACUCAGCAUUAUUGGGGUCCAGCAGAUUGAUCGAGUAGUAGAAGUCGUGGAUGAGGCAGUUAAAGGCCACUCGGUUCGGCUGUUAGGUCAGAAGAAAGAUGGAGGCCGGAGGCUCGGAGGAGCGAGACUGGACCUGCCCAAGAUCAGGAGGAACCCACUCAUUGAAAUCAUCUCCAUUAACACUGGGUGUCUGAAUGCUUGUACUUACUGUAAGACCAAGCAUGCCAGAGGAGACCUGGCCAGUUAUCCCAUUGAGGAACUAGUGGAGAGAGCCAGACAGUCUUUCCAGGAGGGAGUGUGUGAGAUCUGGUUGACCAGUGAAGACACAGGAGCUUAUGGCCGAGACAUAGGAACAGAUCUGCCCACAUUGUUGUGGAGACUGGUGGAGGAGAUUCCUGAAGGAGCCAUGCUGAGGCUGGGUAUGACCAACCCACCUUAUAUCCUGGAACACCUAGAGGAGAUGGCUAAGAUAUUGAAUCAUCCACGUGUCUAUGCCUUCCUUCAUAUUCCCGUGCAGUCGGCCUCAGACAGCGUACUGAUGGACAUGAAGAGGGAGUAUUGCAUCGACGACUUCAAAAGAGUAGUGGACUUCCUCAAAGAGAGGGUCCCAGGUGUAACCAUCGCUACUGAUAUAAUCUGCGGUUUUCCUGGUGAGACAGAGGAAGACUUCCAGGAGACGGUAGAUUUGGUGAAAUGCUACAGAUUCCCCAGUCUCUUCAUCAACCAGUUCUACCCCCGACCUGGUACACCUGCUGCCAAGAUGGAGCAAGUACCAGCACAUGUGAAGAAGCAGAGGACUAAAGAACUGUCUCUUCUCUUCCACUCCUACAACCCAUACGACCACCAGGUUGGAGAGAGGCAACAUGUGUUGGUGACAGAGGAAUCAUUUGAUGCCCAAUAUUGGGUGGCUCACAACAAGUUCUAUGAACAGGUGCUGGUUCCUAAGAGGGAUGAGUUCAAAGGGAAGAUGGUUGAGGUGGACAUCUACGAGGCAGGAAAACACUUCCUGAGAGGCCGGCCAGUAGAUGACAGUAAGCUGUUCACCCCCUCCAUCGCAGCACCACUACAGAAAGGAGAGGUGUCUGGCCUGGUGCAGGAACAGAUCUCCAAUGGCAUCCAAAGUUGUGCUUCGACUUCCUCUUCGUCCACCUUGUUAAUCGGCUCCUACAGUCUGGACAGGGAGGCUCUGAAGAAGCUGGGGAUCGGACUCGCUGUGGCUGCUGCUCUCUUGGCCUUCAUCUUGGAGAAAGUGUUCUGAUGUUGGAUCUGUGGGCCAUGGGAGAGGACAGUGACAUCACAGGAAACAGUGUGUUUGAAGAGGCUGAAUGCAGCAACAAAGUUUUUCUCCUCAGAUCAUCCGUAACAGGCUCCACAUGAUCUCACUUUAUUUGAAAUGAACCUGCAGAGACAAACUGAGGACGUCAGUGACACCCACAAAGUCAUGGAUCAUUUUAUCUGCUCUGUGAGAUGUCUGUUGUUUUAGUACAAGGUAGUUUGACUUUUUAAUUACAGGACGUACAAUCAUUUUACUUUGUUCUGUUGAUUGUAUUAAAGUUACGUCAUUGUCUUUGUCUGUCAGUGAAGUAGGAGUAAUGGGCAAACGCUUUUUAUAUAAAUCCCUUUGGUACAAAUUACAUCUUGGUUAUACUACAUUUUAAUUGGAAUCUAUUUAAGUACAGAUUCUGUUUCACGUUUAUGCCUCAUUUUGAGUUUCCAGGUUUUUUCAGGACUAUGCUUCAUGUAGGCUGUGUCUAUUGCUCACUGAUAACUGCAGCCUGGAAUUAAAUUAACUGGCAAAAUAAGUGUUUUGAAGCGCAUUUCUGGGUUUUUGGAGCUGUUUCACAGACAAAUGAAGCACAGCUCAAUUAUUUCAUCCCUAGGAAAACACAUUCUGGAGAUUAUGAUCAUCAGCACCAAAACAAAGUCUGUCACUUUGCCUGUAGAUUUCCAAACAUUGUGUAUUAUAGAGCUGCCCGUCCCUCCUUUGAUGCACUGAAUUGUGCUUACUUUACAGGAUGUGUGAUUUUAUUCUGGAAAAGCAGUAACAUGCUGUAUAAUUCUCUGAUUAAAGGUAAUUUCUACCCUUUG